AUGGCUGACGAACGACCCACCGGUCUGAAGGCGAACAAGGGCAUCGAACUGCUCACCUGGGGCACGCCCAACGGCUGGAAGGCAUCAAUCUUGCUUGAGGAGCUCAAGGAGGCAUACGGCAAGGACUACACCUGGCAAGGCAUCAAUAUCAGCCAGAACAUCCAGAAGGAGGAGUGGUUCACCAAGCUGGGACCGAACGGCCGAAUCCCAGUCAUUGUAGACCAUGACAAGGGCGGCUUUGCGGUACAAGAAGGUCUUGCUAUCCUUACCUAUCUCACACGUCACUACGACCCCGAGCACAAAUUCAGCUUCACCGAUGACCUCGACGUUUCUCGUGCCGAACAAUGGAUGGCAUGGCAGCACGGCGGCCUCGGCCCAAUGCAGGGACAGGCCAACCACUUCAACCGCUUCGCGAAGGAGCGCAUCGCAUACGGCAUGCAGAGGUACACCGGAGAGACUGAGCGCCUUGUGGGAAUCCUUGACAAGCAGCUCAAGAGCAACGACUUCCUCGUUGGAAACAAGUUCAGCAUUGCUGAUAUCGCCAACUUCGGUUGGGUACACAUACUCCGAUUCUCUGGUGUCGAGCUUGACAACUUCCCCAGUUUGAAGGCCUGGUGGGAGCGUGUCUUGGCUCGUCCUGCUGUACAGCGUGGCCUGAGUAUCCCCUCCAAGUCUGGACUUGGUAACGACACCUAUAUGCAGAAGCUCAAGGAUGACAAAGAGUUCGCUGAGAAGGAGCACGAGCUGAGGGAGAAGGUCAAGGCUGCGAAGGAGCAGUACGGAUACAAGUACUCUUCUCCUUGA